AUGAGCCGCAUCUACCACGACAGCGCGCUCCGGAACAAGGCGGUGCGGAGCGCGCGGCUGCCGGGGGUCUGGGACCCCGCCGCCCACCAGGGGGGAAGUGGCGUCCUGCUGGAGGGAGAACUGGUGGACGUGUCUCGGCACAGCAUCUUGGAUGCCCGUGGCAGGAAGGAGCGCUACUACGUGCUCUACAUCCGGCCCAGUCUCAUCCAUCGCCGGAAGUUCGACCCCAAGGGAAACGAAAUCGAGCCCAACUUCAGUGCCACCAAGAAGGUGAACACGGGCUUCCUCAUGUCGUCCUACAAGGUGGAAGCUGCGGGGGACACGGACAGACUCACGCCCGAGGCGCUGAAGAGCCUGGUCCAAAAGCCAGAACUGCUUGCGCUGACGGAGAGCCUCACCCCCGACCAGACGGUGGCGUUCUGGAUGCCCGAGUCAGAGAUGGGGGCGAUGGAGCUUGAGCUGGGGAUCGGGGUACGGCUGAAAACCCGAGGCGACGGCCCCUUCCUGGAGUCAUUAGCCAAACUUGAGGCUGGAACAGUGACCAAGUGUAAUUUCGCUGGUGAUGGAAAGACAGGAGCAUCCUGGACGGACAACAUCAUGGCCCAAAAGUCUUCGGAGGAGGCCACGGCGGAGAUCCGAGAGCAGGGGGACGGGGCAGAGGACGAGGAGUGGCCUCGGGAAAACUCCUUUCGAGGCAAGAAGGGUGACAACCUGAAAGACCUUUCUUUUCGCUGCCAAUUCUUUAUCCCCCCUCUGGUUCUCUGCCACACGGGGGGCUCCUGUCUCCUGACCUCCCUGGCUGCUUUCCUGGGGCUGCUCUCUGGGAGGCCUAGCGUAUUCACAGUUCAGAUCCUUGUGACCUUUGACCUCGACCAUUAUAGAAGGUGCCUCCCUGUUAACACUGCUGAGAUGUACAUUCUUGAGGCUUUUCACACAUCCCACAAUCCUUUUAUUAUAAAUUCCAAAACUGUAAAUGCUGGGCCUCAUGUUCUACACAUCGCUGGUAUCUCCACGCUGCGAACCGUUCUGCAAGUGUUAAGGGGAGAGGCAGGACUGCGCGUUUCGCGUGGACGGGGAGAAGGGGAGACGGGGAAACAGGGAGCCCCCCGCCGCCCAGUCGCCUGGGAGCGCGGCUGCUGUCAGGGACUUCGGCUUCGGGAUCUGCUUUCCCGACGUGCUCCGCCCGAGAUUCUGCAGCAAGCGGUCCGGCCGGCCGAACGGCAAGAGAUCCGGGUUCGCGCCCUGGCCAGCCCCUGA